AUGGUUCUUUCACGCAUCAUUCUCACCGCUUUGCUCGCUCUUGGGAGCAUCACAGUCGCUCUCCCUGUUGCCCCCGGGGACCUUGGUACCACGCCAACACCUGGAUCAGGUGCUCCUCCACAAGGCAGUCUCGCGGUCGGAGGUGGUGUUCCUCUUGAAAAUCACAACAAACCUGAGGUUUCUCUGCUUCUGGGUGGAAUAACGCCUCAGGGAAAUCAAGCUAGCAACAGUGUUUCACGAACACAAUCAUCAUCUGCUGCCGGAAGCUCAUGCAAUGUCCCGCCGCUGGCGCAAGGUGACGAGGCUCCACCCCCGCCUCGUCCUUCUGGCGAAGAAAAGGCAGAUCUAUUGCGACGAAUGGCUUUGAUCAAAAACCACCCCAACGUGCACAAAAAUUAUAAGGCACGAGUCGAACGACUUGCUAAUACCUUGCAACAGAAAGAAGAACUUGAUACAGCCGCCGACAGAAUGAAUAUAGCUCAAGAUAGCCGUGCCGUGGGCAUCCUUUCUUCUGUCAUCGAGUAUUAUCUGUUGCCUCACAAUGGUAAUCAGUCCUCUUGGUUCGAAGGUGAUAGCAAUGAAAAACUCGAGAAAAUCCGCGAAGCUUUCAAUAAUGGUGAAAACGUGGACGUCAUCCUUCACAUCGUCCGUUUUGGUAACAUAUGUUAA